AUGCUUGCACUCACUCUCCGCACUGCCGCUCGCCCAGCAUUGGUCCUCCCUCGCGUUGUCGCCGCCCGUGCCGUCCACAUGGAGUCGCACGCAAAGGCCAACCCCGAGACCGAGGGACCGCUGUACAAGGCGGGCAAUCCAUCCACGAUCCACCCUCCGUCGGCGGAGACAGGCCAGGCCAGCAAGGACCCUUCCAAGACCAAGCCCCGCGACCCCAAGAGCAAGAACCACAAGGUCACAGGAGGCAAGAACUUUGGUGACCUCCAGCAGAUGCACCAGGUGGGCUCAGACAGCCUACAACCUUGGAGCUGA